AUGUCUGUAGCUCCAGGAAAUUACUUUACUGGCGAAAUCGAGGAGGAUGAGGUACCAUGGUGGAACAAAGAUCGCGAUACGCCUCCGCCGUUCAAACUCGUCAGGAAAAUAUCUGUCGGUAUCAACCUCGGCAAUGGUGAUAUUUCCCUGCAAAGUCUAGCGAUCUUCCCGUGGGACGGUGAUUCUUUGGACUAUUUGUGGGGUGGUGUGCUGGCUGUUGAGGAAGAUGUGGCGAGGUGGAGGAGCGAGGUUAUCGAUCAGCUUUGGGAUGCUGUUGCUGUGGGAUCGCCCUUGGAUCUGUUUGUAUGCUUCACACAGAGAAAGUCUAUGCCCUUGUGGACCACUCUCAAUAAUAAACAAGAGGUGCACUCUGCUGAUAAGAUGUGUGUCGCAUGGGCAUUGGCAAAGGAGAACCCAUUUCUUCCUCUUGUUAUAUUCUCCCGAGGCAGUUUGUUGUUUAUCUACAAUGUUCUACAAAAGGGUAUGGCUGGAUGCAUCCGUGGCCACGGUGGUGCAAUAACGUCCAUUUCUGUGCACCCUACUACACCGCACCUCUUUUGUACGACAUCCAGAGAUAGUACAACACGGAUAUACGAUCUAGAUUUAAGCGCGUCGUUCGAGAUGAUGCCAAAGUCGCACAGAAUCGCGGAUAAAUUCUCAGGUGUUCCCAAUCCCCCAUGGCCACCAGUUAAAGGAGCGAGCGUCGCAGGCGCUGCGCACGGGCUUCGGAUGAUCAACGUGCCAAAUCUUACCGGGAAGCGCGGUCACCCCCCAAUCGAGCGUGAAGGAGCCGGUCGGGGCAGGGCUGUUAAGAUAUGGCCUGUGAGGCCUUCUUCGGAGACUGUGAUUCAUAGAGAAGACAAACCAUUGCUUUCGAGCGGUAAUAUCCACAAGUCUCGAGUCGUUUCGAUCUCAUGGCUGAGCACCGAUAUGUUGCUGUCCCAUACGGCACCUGCGAUAAUGCGAGACGCUCCAGAUGAUAAAAACAACAAACGAGUUCAUAUUGAGCCAGGAGAACUGGCUGUGUGGCAAUGGCUCGGCCUGGAUCGGUUUUUCCCUGCAACUCAUGAAGAAGCAAACAUACACGGGCUUAGAGGUUGCGCAUCAGAUUAUUACGAAAGUGGAUCGUACAAGGUCAUCGCGGUGCACCGGUUUGAUGAUACACAGGACCACUACACAGCGCCGAGUCUGAGCGUGUACCAGUCGCACACGCACGGGCCGCUGAUCUCGUACGUGGUCCCGGGGGACACCAAGGUGAAUCUGGUGCCGGUCGAGCAGCUGGAGCCGCGGCAGCACCCGGCGUUCUCGCGCGAGACGACGGAGCGGCUGUUGGGGGACUCGGCGGUUGCGGUUGGGGGUGGCGUGUCGCUUGCUGAUAUCGCGGGGCGGAUGCAGUUGGGUGGGGAUGCUAGCCACCGCGAGGGGCUGGCGGAGGAAGAGGAGCAGGAGGCGCGAUUCGAGGACGAGGCGAAUGGUGGGCAGUCCCGGGAGGGUGUGCGUGGCAGCGAUGGCAGGGUUGCGCCGCGCAUCGAUUCCUGGACGGUGAGUAUGGAGACGUCCAAGUCGCGGUUGGCCGGGGAGACGUUGAAUAGCUGUGCGGUUGGGCUGGAGGGCGAGCUGAUCGUUGGGGUGGGGACCAAAGGGGGCGUGUGGGUUUGGCGGAUGACGACAAGGUUAAAGGCGAUGGGAGCCUUAUUGGAUUGA